GGGUAUAAAGGGGGAACUGGGGCCGCCCCCGAGGAGCAGAGCCCGGCACAGCCAUGAAGUUGUCGCUCCUGUUCGCACUCACCUGCACCGCUGUCCUGGCAGUGGGAGCAAGGGCCGAGGGGCCCAAGGAGCCGGAGGCGCUGAAGUCGGUGCAGGAAUACACCCAGAAAGCCACCGCCAUGGCCAAGGAAACCUUCACCGCCCUGCGGGACUCGGAGGCGGUUCAGCAGGCCAGGCGCUGGCUGUCGGAGACGUCGGCGCUGGCCAAGGAGAAGCUGGCCCGGCUGAAGGAGCAAAUUGUCGAGUUCUGGAAGAAGACACCGGCCUCAUAGCCCCGUCGGGGGGUGGCCGGGUAGGGGCCGGCCUGGGGUCUCCCCAGCCCCCCCUCCAUCAUCAUGGUUGUUGCAAUAAAGCGGCGCUGAAGCAGA